UGUGUUCAGCUGCUGCAGCAACAGCAGUCACUUUCACCUGCGAGAAGCAGAAAGUCGGCCGAGCAGAGCAAAGAAAGACCCACUGACGCUCUGAAGUACAUAAACCACAAUGGCCUCCACCCUGUCGGUGCGCAGCCUCUCAGUGCAUCAGCCUUCCUUCUCCAGCGUCACGGUGAGAGACAGCGGGCGCAGCCUGCGCUCCAAGCCCCCCGUCUCCUCUCUGUCCACCGUCAGCACGCUGUCCCUGUCCCGCUCGGUGUCCAUGGGAAACGGCCUCAACAUGCUGAGCUCCAGCCUGUCCCUGAACGGCCUUGGGGCCAGCGAGAAGGAGACCAUGCAGGGCCUGAAUGACAGGCUGGCCAACUACCUGGACAAGGUACGGUCACUGGAGCGGUCCAACGCCGAGCUGGAGGUGAAGAUCAAGCACCUCAUGAUGGAGAGAACGCCAAAAGGCCACGACAUAGAGGGCAUGAUGGCCCAGGCACAUACCAUCGGGCAGGAGAUGAGAAAGAGGACGCUGGAGAAUGCCCGCAUCAUGCUGGAGAUUGACAACGCCAAACUGGCAGCUGAUGAUUUCAGGGUGAAAUGGGAAGCAGAGGCCUCCCUGUGCCAGUCGGUGGAGAGGGACUGUCAGGCUCUACGGAGAGCAAAGUCAGACCAUGACCAGAUCAUCGCCACUCUGAGAGGAGACCUGGACAGCCUGAAGGAGGAGAUGUACUACCUCAAGAAGAAUCACGACGAGGAGAAGAGCACCCUGAAGGCCCGACUGGCCACGGAGCAGGUGAGCGUGGAGGUGGAGGCAGCUCAGGGGCCCGACCUGGGGGCCAUCAUGGCUGAGCUGAGGGUCCAGUAUGAGGGCAUCGCGCGCAAGAACAAGGAGGACGCCGAAGCCUGGUACCUGAAGAAGUUGGAGGCUGUUCAGUGUGAGGUGAAAGAAAGCAAUGAGGCGCUGCGCUGCGCCCAAGGAGAACUCAGCGAGAGGAGGCGCUUCCUGCAAGCUCUGGAGGUGGAGCUGGACAAUCUACGCAAACAGGUCAGCGUGUUGGAGGGAAACCUGGGAGAGACCGGACACAAAUACACCGUGGAGAUGGACCGCCUCCAGGCUACCCUGACGCAGCUGGAGGACGAGCUGUCCCAGCUGCGUUUGGACAUGCAGCGCAACAAAACCGACUACGAGCAGCUUCUGCGCAUCAAGCAAAACCUGGAGAUGGAGAUCGCCACCUACAGGCGGCUGCUGGAAGGAGAGGAAAUGGUGAAAGAAACGCUUCCGCCUCCUAAAAAAGACCCCGAGGUCCGGACCAGGAAGAUCGUAAAAGUCGUCACGCAGACGAUGAUCAACGGCAAAGUGGUCGAGGAGUCCAGUGAGGUGGAGCAGAUUGAGGACAGCAAGAAAUGAGCCAAAAUAAAAAACUCUGCUGGGUUUUAUAAGCCAAAUAAUCCGACCUGCUUCUCUGAAAACUCUGGAAAUGAGAAUUAAAAUUUAGGUGGAAAGUUUUCA